AUGCUUCAGCUUUGGAAACUUGUUCUCUUAUGCGGUCUGCUCACCGGGACCUCAGCGUCUCUUUUUGGAAAUCUUGGCGACGACCUUUAUAAUGUUGUGAACAAGCUGAAACCUGCUGUUGAGAAAGGACUUGAGACCAUUGACAACACACUUGAAUCUGUCAUUCAGAAACUGACCGCCAACUUGGGGAAGCUUCAGAAAUCCAAGGCUUGGCUCCUGGCCUAGGAGAAGGUGCAGGAAAUGAGUAACUUGGUGAACAAUGCUCUUCCUAAGAUCACUCCAGCUAAGGAUGAGACUUUGGGGUUGAACAUCAUUAACUACCGCAUCCUGAAAAUCAAAGUUGAACUGACUCCUGAUGGCGAAGUCAUUAACAUAAGGGUCCCCAUCGUCGCUAAUGUCACCCUGGCCCUCCACAAUACUCUGAUGGAGAAGGCCGUGAACACCGUGAGCAACUUCCUGACAAAGACCGUGUCCCGCCUGCUAGAGAAGGAGGUGUGCCCACUGAUCCACGCCUUACUUUCCACUCUGGAUGUGCAUAUUGUUCAGGACAUUAUUGGCAAGGCUGGGGUUGCUGGGGAUGCUGGAGCAAUAGAAGUGGGGUAA